AUGAAUCGCGAAAUGAAGGCACUUAGAGCUGGGUCGAUGGCGGCCGCCUCCUGUCCGGCCAACAUCUCUGUUGCGGGAGCCACGGUGGACCUCCCCCCCGAUCAGUGGAAGCUGCUCGCUGAUGACAAGCAUCCGUUCACGGCCCGUCUGUUCGACUUCGUCGCUUGCGUGAUUGUCCGGAGGUUUUUGGAGAAAGAGGUGCAGGAGCACGUCAGGGUCGUGACGAGCGAUGUGGUCGCGGACAUUGUCGCGGGUCGCGAUGAGGCUGUCAAGGCCUUUGCCGGUAUGAUGGAGUGCAGCCUUGUUGCAUUCUGCAUCUGGACCGAGGACUUGGUGGACAACAACUGCUCGAACGCGAGCAUGCUCCUUAUGCUCCACCCAGAUCACCUGUCGAUUGACGGUGACGAGAAUUGGCACACGCGUUUCGUUCGCGUUGCUAUUCCACCUGGUGGGCGGAAACACGUGACCGCGGCGGAGGCAAUUGUGGAGUGGUUUCAGGGUCGCGUGGACGAGGAGUUUGCUCGCGGCUCCAUUCAGUGCACCCGGGCGCGCCAGCUUCAGGAUCCCAAUCGGCUGUACGAUAUGGACGCGACGUCGUUGAAGGGCUCCUGCGGCAACAUCGCUUGUCUGUUCGCGUUAGACAAGACCCUUGCUCAGUUGGACGCGGUUGCUGCCAAUGGAUCCGGGCCGCAAUUCUCGAGGCCUACCGCGAAGACUCUGAAUGCACUGCGGCAUGACGCCCACCAAACCGCCGAAGAGCUCGCGUUCAACUUGAGCGUGGAUUUGCCGCGACACAAGCACGGCGGUGAGGCUGAGGGGGCUGAAUUGGGGAAGAUGCAUGAAGUGACAACGGGUGCGCGGGUUGCUGACCAUGGUGUACUCGCUCUCACAGGUGCCGCUGGUGUUUCGAGCCGCGGAGGUGCUCGCGGCGGGAUGGCGGUCCACGCUGAUGACGAUGGGGCAGACGAUACCGCGACUAAGGGUGCACCCCGCGAUGACGCUGACCGCACUGUAGCGCGUGAGGGGGAAGAGUCAAGCGAGGAGGAGGCGGAGGCACACGUGGUCGCGGCCGCGGCAGCCAACAGGCCCGCUACAUCCGGCAAGAGCAUCAAGCACCUCGCGCAGCACUUGGCCCCCGGUGCUGGAAGCGCGGCCCCGAGUGGUGAGGUCGCGGGCAAGAGUCCCGUGACAUGUGCGCGUGAUCACGCGUCCCUUUCCGCGUUGCCCUCGCAUAGGCUUGCUGCCGAGAUCCUGCAGCUUGACUGCAGGCUUGCAGCGCAGGCGGAAGAGAUCGCACGGCUGAAGAUACGCCAGGAGUCGGGGGUUGGAGGAGUCGCGGUCGUGGGCUCCGACGAGCUCGCGGCCGCGCUGUCUAAUGCGGUUCGGUUGCUCGAGAGGGAGGCGAGGGCGCUCGCGCAGGAAAGGGCGGCCCUGCUGGACACGCGUAACCAGGAGGCGUUGGUGCUGGGGCGAGUGGACGCGAGGUUGGGCCAGCUGCAGGGGGUGGUGGCGGACUCCAUGGAAACCGCGCAGAAGAAGUUGACGGACGAGGUUGCGCGGAAGAUCGACAACAUGUCGUCCGCGGUCUCAGCGACAGCAGAGCGGGCAAUCACAACCAGCGGGGUCACGAACGCGCUGCACACCCUCAUCGCGCUCGUCGGAGGGAGCCCGACUCCGCGCACCGGUACGGAAGAUCCGGCCGCGACGGAGAAUGCCGAUGCCGGGGAUGCUGAGCAUGGUAAGCGGGCGGCGGGUGCGAAGGCCGAGAUGUCAGAAUAA